CAAAUGCCAAAACAGGCUAAAUCCAAAAUUUAAAAAAGUUGAGAUAUUGAUGACAUUGAGUUCUGUAUUACCUAGGCUACAGAUUUGUCACUUCAAAAUGUUCCAAAACCAGUUAAAAACUGUUUAAAAUUAAUAUUUAAAAGUGAAGGUUGUUCCAAAAUCAGUUAUAUCCUAUAGCCAUUCGGUUCCAAAAACAGUCAUAUCUGCACAGAUGACAAUGUUCCAAAACCAGCUAUAUCAAACUACAAUAACUUACAAUGUUUCAUGUUUCUGUGUCAAAAUAAGUUAAAUCCCAAAAGACUUUUCCUAUAGGGAACUGCUGAUCAUUUUCCUUCUGAAUUAAUUGUUUAUUUUGUUGGCUAAUUUUAAAUUUCAAAGGCUAAAAUAGUGUUAUAAGAAGCAAUAGCACUCAAUUAUUUAACAUUAUUUUAAAAGCUCCUGAUUUGUUGUGUGUCAUAAACAUGGAGGCUGAACAUACAGGAGGUAUUUUAGAAGGUAGUGAAGGCGUUGGUAUUGAUAUUAUAAAUGCUGAAGUUGUAAUUGUUCAACAAGAAAAUGUCAAUAUAAUGGACAUAACAGUGGAAACUCCACAAAAUGUGGAACAAGUAGAGUUGGUAGAAGAGAUGCCUGGCCCUUUGGCAAAGAAAAGGAAGAAAAACGAAAGAGCAUGGAAGAAAACUGUUGCAAAAGUUGCUAGACACCGCCCGAAGGGAUUUCCACAGAUGCCUAGUUGUAAACAUUCGGCCAAAAGUAAGUACCGCUGCGCAGAACUUUCCCUGCAGGAUGUUAGAAAGAUACAUCAGCAAUACUAUAAAGACGCUGACCUUCAAUCAAAGAAGAAUUUUAUUCUUCAGCACGUCAUUGUUUCCUCAGCAAAAAGGACUCGUCUUCCAGAAGGUAUCAAAUCAAAAAGAAAUGUAAGUACUGACUUUUUCUUACCUAAAAUGAGGAACAACAAAACUGAGAAUGUUAAAGUAUGUCGGGCAGCACUACUUACAAUUUUGCAAGAGAGUAAAAACCGAGUGCAAUUGAUUUGCAAAAAGUACCUGGAAACAGGCGUCGUACCUUUGGAGACUCGUGGAGGAGCACGCCAAGUUGAUAAAUAUAAUAUAAAGAAAGACAGCAUCAAAUCUUUUAUUAAAACAUUUAUUCCAGUACAAAAACACUAUUGCAGAGCGAAAAACAAGCAUAGGCAAUACCUUCCAAGUGAGCUUAACAUUACAAAAAUGUGGAAAAUGUAUAUUGAGCAGCAUCCAACUGAAGAAUUAAAGUGUGAGUAUGACUUUUUCAGGCUGGUUUUUUCUGAGAACUUUAACAUUGGUUUUGACGCUCCGUACACUGAUAAGUGUUCAACCUGCACAAGGCUUGAGUGUGAACUAGCCACAGAAAAAGAUGCAGGCAAGCGUGAAACACUAAAGCUAAACCUAAAAGCCCACAAAGUCCGUGCAGACAAAUUCUACAAACUUUUGCAAGAAAAUAAUGAUAAAGAGCUUAUUCUGAGCUAUGAUUGUCAGAAAAAUCUUGUCCUUCCUAAAAUACCGGACCAAGCCGCCAUACUAUAA